AUGCCCAAAGAAGCCGUUAGCAAGCGUUCUGCCAAGUCUGAGAAUGGCAAGCGUACUAAGAAGGACAAGACUGGUCCCAAGCGUGGUUUGUCUGCCUACAUGUUUUUCUCCCAGGAGAUGCGUCCCAAGGUCAAGGAAGAGAACCCUGAUGCUAGCUUUGGUACCCUUGGCAAGAUCUUGGGUGAAAAGUGGAAGGCCAUGAGUGACGAAGAAAAGGCUCCCUACACUGCCAAGGCUGAGGAAGACAAGAAGCGUUAUGAGGCUGAAAAGGCUGCUCUCGAGAAGUCUGGUUAA